UCCCUAACCUCACUUCCUCUUGUUCUCGAAAGCGACAAUUUGACAAUUCUAAAUUUUCUAAAUUUUUUGACAAAUUAGCAAUGACCGUACUACAAUACAUCAAAUUGGCCACAACCGUAUCACACACAUUCCUACACACCCCUGGGAAGGCAUCUCGACACAUUUUUUCGCGAUUUAAAGCAGAUUUCACCAAGUAUGCCGAGCACAAACCCAUAGACAAAAUCCGGAACAUCGGAAUCUCAGCCCACAUCGACUCCGGCAAGACCACCCUCACCGAACGAAUUUUAUUUUACACCGGCCGGAUCCAGUCGAUGCACGAAGUCAAAGGCAAAGACAACGUGGGGGCCACAAUGGACUCAAUGGAGCUGGAACGUCAACGGGGGAUCACGAUCCAGUCGGCCGCCACGUACACGCUGUGGCAGGACCACAACAUUAACAUAAUUGACACACCGGGACACGUUGAUUUCACGGUGGAAGUGGAGCGAGCGCUGAGGGUUCUGGAUGGGGCGAUUCUCGUGCUUUGCGCUGUAGGCGGCGUGCAGAGUCAGAGCCUCACCGUGAACCGCCAAAUGAAGCGCUACAACGUCCCGUGUCUCGCGUUCAUCAACAAACUCGACCGUCUGGGGGCCGACCCGCGCCGGGUCCUCGAACAAAUGAAAUCGAAAAUGAACCACAACGCCGCUUUUAUUCAGCUCCCGAUUGGGUUGGAGAGCGACUGCAAGGGGGUGAUUGACUUGAUCCGUCGCAAAGCUAUCUACUUCGAGGGGCCGUUGGGGGACCAAGUUCGGUAUGAUGAAAUCCCGGGGGAUAUGAAGGUCGAGAGCGAAGCGAGACGACGCGAACUCAUCGAGCACGUCUCCAACGUGGACGAAGUCCUGGGGGAGAUGUACUUGGAGGAGAGACCAAUCACGGAAAACGAUAUUAAGGUGGCGAUUAGGAGGACGUGCCUGAAGAGGACUUUCACGCCGGUGUUGGUGGGGACGGCGCUCAAAAAUAAAGGGGUGCAGCCGCUGCUGGACGCGGUUUUAGAGUAUUUACCGAACCCGGGGGAGGUGCCGAAUUACGCGCUGAGGGAGAAGGAGGGGGCGGACCCGGAGAGGGUACCCUUGGAUGCGUCUAGGAGGGCUGAUAGUAGGAAGUUUGUGGCGCUGGCGUUCAAGCUUGAAGCGGGGAGGUUCGGACAGCUCACCUACAUGAGGUGCUACCAAGGUAUGCUCCAAAAAGGGGACACCAUCUUCAACGUGCGCACCCAGAGGAAGGUGCGAAUCGCACGUCUUGUACGUCUGCACUCUAACACCAUGGAGGACGUCAGCGAGGUCUACGCCGGUGACAUUUUCGCUCUAUUUGGAGUGGAUUGCGCCAGUGGCGACACCUUCGUGACCGACCCGAAACUAGGAAUCUCGCUCGAGUCCAUCUACGUCCCUGAACCCGUGGUCUCCAUGUCCAUAAACCCCGUCAACAACAAAGACCGGGACAACUUCUCCAAAGCCGUGGCGAGGUUCACCAAAGAAGAUCCGACCUUCCACUUCUACUUCGACAACGACAACAAAGAGACAAUCGUGUCUGGGAUGGGGGAGCUGCACCUGGAGAUCUACGCGCAGAGGAUGGAGCGCGAAUACAACUGUCCGGUGGUCCUCGGCAAACCCAAAGUCUCCUUCAGAGAAACCUUGGUGGCACCUUGCGAGUUCGACUACCUCCAUAAAAAACAGUCCGGGGGGCAAGGUCAAUACGGUAGAGUCGUAGGGGUGCUCGAGCCUCUACCCGCACACAAAAACACCCUUCUGGAGUUUGUCGACGAAACCGUAGGGACGAACGUCCCCAAACAGUUCAUUCCAGGGAUCCGGAAGGGCUACCUGGCGAUGGCCGACAAGGGUUUACUCUGUGGCCAGAAAUUGUCCGGGUUGAAGUUCCGCCUGCAAGAUGGCGCCCACCACAUGGUGGAUUCCAGCGAGCUGGCGUUCUUUCUAGCGGCACAAGGGGCGAUCAAAGAGUGCUUUGAGCGCGGCACGUGGCAGGUGCUGGAGCCAAUCAUGACGGUGGAAAUCACCGCUCCAGAUGAGUUCCAGGGGAACAUUAUAGCGCAGUUGAAUAAGAGGCACGGGAUCGUGACGGGAACGGAGGGUAAAGAAGGCUGGUUUACGUUGUAUGCAGAGGUGCCCUUGAACGAAAUGUUCGGAUAUGCGGGGGAAUUGAGGUCGAACACACAGGGAAAAGGCGAGUUCACGAUGGAGUACUGCAGGUACUCACCGUGCUUGCCGGAAGUACAAAAUAAGCUAAUCGAGGAGUACGAGAAGAGUAUGGGGAUCGUCCCCGAGAAGGACAAGAAAAAGAAGAAGAACUGAAGAGAGUAAAUUAAGUUUUUUAUGUGUAUAUAGUUUUGUAAUUAAGUCGCGGUGAUAAAUUAUUGGAACGAGGA